CUUGUUGAUGCAGAACAUGCCAGAGGUGUCUGGCCCAAAAAGGGACGCUUCGUGCUUCACAUCACUGCGAUGAAACGCCAUCAUCAUCCCUAGACCCCUCCAGAUUUCAUGGCUGAGGCCGAGGAGCUGCCGGAGGACACGUCGGUGGGCAUUCCACUGGGACCUUCGAUUUCAUCAGGUGCAGCUGCCAGUGAUGCAAACUACUGCUAUUUGAAGAACAAUCUGGGCGCCAUUCUCCGCUCUGCAGCAGCCUUCGGCGUGCGCUUGGUGCUGCUGGUCGGGCGCCAGGGCUUCAAGGCCUUUUGCAAGAAGAGUGGACAGGGUGUCGUGCCAAUUGAGAAUGCGCCCAGCGUGCAGGAGGCGGUGGACGCACUGAAGGCACGACACCCUCCGGGAAAGCUGCAAGUCUGUGGUGUUGAGAUCCUCCCGCAGGCACAGUCCCUUCAUUCCAGUCCUUUCCAUGGACCCACUGCCUUCAUGGUGGGCAACGAGCGAGGAGGUCUCACUCGAGAGCAAAUUGACCACUGUGACAGUGACCGAGCUUCAGAUUGGGAAGGUGGAUUGGAAGGAGUGAGAGUGACUUGUGCUAAGGCUGCUAAGUGAUGAGGGUGGCUGGAUGCAAUGGAAUCUCUAUUGGGUGGGAAACGUCCCACAAGUGUCCGACGAAGCCUUCGAUCGACGCGUGCCGAGUCACCUCGUCGGCCUCUCGGGCCGAGCGAGCUCCAGACUUGCGAAACAGAGCGACACAUGGAAGUGCAAGAGGAUGUUUAAAGCAAAGCGAAGCCGAUACUUGGAUCUAUUUGGGGGUCACCAAAGGCAGCUCACUGUCAGGUUGAUUUCCAUGUUUUGUGGAAAGGGAAGCAGACUUAGCAGACUUAGCUCUGUAAUAUAUGUGGCCUUUUGGUGGAUGUGUUUUUCCAUUGGAGCCCUGCAGAGAACCCUCGCGUGCCUUCCCUGGCGACUCGUUGGCUCCGAGGCUUCGUCUACAUUCCGCAGUUCGGCGGCGGCGUAGGUCGAGUCGACGAGAGUCGACGACGGACGGUGUCGAUGGUCGUCGGUCGGCGGGCUGAGACCGACAGCAAGCGCA